AUGUGUGUACCAGCACUAUCAGGGCUUCAUCACGAGUUUGGGGAAUGGCAUAGGGUGUGCUGCGGUUGGUGUCUGGGGCAUUUGGGCUUGGCUGUGGCUGUCGCUGCCCUUGCAGUCGGGCCUUCCGUCGUUCGCCCACACUCUGCUACACUGAACACAGGCCAUCUGACCGGCUCACGCACCGUCUUCGGCCGUCUUUCUAGCCUCGUCGCAGUCACGACACUACCCGAGACCACUCUCAGUCCCCCCAACGUCAUAUCCAGCCCGGCCAAUCAAUCGCGCCUCAGUCGUAUACGCGUCAGGCCUAGCCCCCUUGGGCUUCAUGCUGCGAACACGUGA